AUGAUCAUGGCAGCUUCCAGGAAGCCGCCAGCACUCCUUGCCUAUCUUUGCCUUUUGUCACUCAAUGUUCUUUUAUUUCCCUCGCUUUGCUUUUCAGUCGAUGUUGAGCAUGUUGAGUCUAUCUUUUUGAGGUCUCUCGUGCCCCGAGAGCUCAGCGCAGCAGCCGGUGCCUCCGGUACUGGAGACUUCAGUUGCGGUCCAACCAAGCCCUGUUCCAACAAGGCUUGUUGUGGCAAAGAUGGCUGGUGUGGUUUCGGAGACAAGUACUGCGGCAAAGGCUGUCAAUCUCAUUGUGACGCCAAAGCCGAUUGUGGUGCCAACGCUGCCAAACCAGGUCAAACUUGUCCUCUAAACGUCUGUUGUUCUGAGUUCGGGUUCUGCGGCACCACGUCCGAGUUCUGCGGCAAGACUUGCCAGUCCAACUGUGCACAGCCUAAGCCCAAGUCAUCCCCUUCUAACGUUCGCAAACGUGUCGUUGGAUACUGGGAGGCUUGGAACGAUCAACAUGCCUGCGGUACGAUGGGCGUGGGUGAGAUUCCCGUGAACUAUCUUACACAUCUGAUUGUAUCGUUUGGAUACAUUGACUCGAACUUCCGAAUUACCAAUAUGGAUGGUCUCAGUUCAGAUGUCUAUCGGAGUGUCGGUGAGAUCAAGGCCCAGAACCCAGGUCUUAAGAUUAUGAUUGCCUUGGGAGGUUGGACAUUCAAUGAUCCCGGCCCUUGGCAGAGCGUCUUUCCUACCAUGGUAUCCAGUCAAGCAAAUCGUGCAACAUUUAUCAAGAAUCUCCUGGGAUUCUUGUCGGAAUAUGGUUAUGACGGAGUUGAUUGGGAGUAUCCCGGAGCUAAAGACCGCGGUGGCUCUGAUGCAGAUGGCGUCAACUUUACUGCCAUGCUUAAAGAACUUCGUCAAGCUAUUACAGCUAGUGGCCGUAAUUAUAUCACGACUUUCACCGCCCCAACCUCAUACUGGUACCUCCGUCACUUCGACAUUAAGAACAUGUCCGAGCAGGUUGAUUGGAUCAACCUCAUGUCUUAUGAUCUUCACGGCGUUUGGGACGGAGAUAACCCCAUCGGUAAACAUGUUCUCUCCCAUACUAAUCUGACUGAGAUCGACCUUGCUCUCGACUUGUUCUGGCGCACUAACGUUGAGCCAUCGAAAAUUGUUAUGGGCUUAGGUUUCUACGGGCGUUCAUUUACUCUUGCUUCAAGCUCUUGUUGGAAGCCAGGUUGUGCCUUCACUGGUCCUGGUGCUGCUGGACCUUGUACCAAUACGGCGGGAAUCUUGUCUUAUAGAGCUUGUCGGUAUCUGGUGUACGACGAUAAUAGCUGGAUUUCUUAUGAUGACCCAUCCACCAUUCAGGCCAAGAUCGACUAUGCUAACAAGAUGGGACUCUCUGGAGUGAUGAUCUGGGCCAUUGAUCUUGACGACAGCAGUCUUGAGUCACUCCGCGCCGUGUCAGAUUCCUCGUUACUCGACAGCGUAGAAGGCACAUUCGACCUGGUCGAUCUGGAUAAGCUGUUCCCUAAGGAAUAUCUCCCUGCUUCUGGCAGCAAGCCAAGUUACGGUUUAGUAACAUUCGGCGAUGCUACCGGAACUGAUCCUGCCGCAUCUGGCUUUGGCUUCCUUCUUGUGGCAGGUGACUCUCAUGUCGUCAGUAGUCUCCGAAAACGAGACGGCGAACCUGAACCAUUUGUCUUCCUUGAAUGUCCUGAAGAUGUACUAGACCUUCCUAAGGAUACUCCUCGUACUGCGCGUGUCACGUGUGUCAGUGGUGAUCUGGAAGGAUGCUAUCGGAUCAUGGAACGUGGUGUCGAAGGCACCGUUGUCGAGAUGCCUGACAGCUGUGCUUCAGGCCAACUUGUUAGAGCCAUAUCCCUUACAGCCUCCAAAAACCAAUCCAUGCCUCAUGCAUACUCUCAACACCAACGUUUCUCACAGGUUUUCGACUUCAUUUUUGAUUUCAACUUCAAACUAAUGCGUCGCGAUUCUAAUAACACCAGUAUCCGCAUGGAUUAUUCCAACACCCCGGGGUACUGGAAUCAGCUGGUUGACAGAGCUGGCAUUCAAUCUAGGGACUUGAAGCAUCUUGGCGAACGAUUCUUUGCACCAACGGACCUGGAAUGGAACUUGGCUUACGACGACGGCAACAAGUAUACCUUUAGUCCUGAGGAAGCAGCUAAGGUCAAGAAAGAUGUUAGUGCACCUCUGUACUGGCAAACUGUUGAUAAUUGCGACAUUGACGGUGCCGCCUACAAUGAGGGCUUUGGGGCCUAUGUCAAUGGCGAAAUUGACGCUCAAUUCUACUACGGAUUUUCCUUGAUUGGUACGGAAAAGGGCGGAGUUUGGGACGCGAGACAAUCCCAUGGAUUCCUUCAAGUCCGAGGCCAAAGCGACAUGACCUUCGGCAUUGGCGGCAUUGGCGACGUUGACGUGGCGAAAGCACGAAAGGGAAACCCUGCCCAAGAGGACACUGAUGGCAAAGUCAGCCUCAGAGGCAAUGUUAUCAUGGCAGGCCAAUCUGGUGGCUUGGUUUCUUUUCAGCCGUACUACAAAGUAACGUACAGCCUGGGCACUUUCAACGGCAGUGAUCGAGACCCUGCAAACUCUGCAGCGUCUUUCAAUGGGCGCCUCAACGCUCGCGUUGUCUCUGACUUUGGCAAGUUCCAGGCAGACUUCCCUUGGAAAGGCGAUCACAAAGACCCGGAUAAGUUUUCGAACAAGCUCAACAAGGCCCAGUUUCAGUUGGGAAACGACAAUGUUCUUUACAGCUCUUCAUCGGACGGUGGCGCGAUUACUAUCGGUAGUCAGGUCACAUUCGGCCUGAGCAUCGAAUUCUUGCUUUAUAAGGACCUCUUCCGUAGCAAAACCGGAUUUCCAGAGCUCUCUCUCUCGUACAACACCUUGUCAACAUUCAGCUUUAGCCCGGGUAAGAAAGGCUCUGAUGAAUCAUGUGCUCAGUACGAGCUUUCAACCAAUAUCGUUCAAUUAACAACCAAUGAGGAGUCCAUUGGUUGGACUGCGGAAAUGGGCGACGGUAUUCUAGUUCAAGAGACGCAAGGGCCGAAGGAUGGAGCACAAUGCUUCAAGAAUGGCGGGAGCUCUUCAUCAUCGAACUUGAAGCGCGCAUCAACUCUCUUAUCGUCUGACCAGGACUUUAAUGAGACCAUCCCGGGUGAAGAAUUUGAGCUGAACUCUCUUGCUCGUCGACAAGCCGGCCGCAUGCCUGGUUGGGGUCUAGAUACCGGAGAGGACUUGACCAAGCGUAUGAUUGGUAUGGACGAUCAAAUUGGUAAUCGCAGGACAAAGUUUGACUGCGUCGACUGUGAAAGGUGCAAUGACGAAGACGAGGAGUCGAAAGACUUCUGCUGCGGCUGUGUGAACAUGGAAUUCAAGUACGGUUUCAGCGAUAUUCCUUCAUGCGCCGACUGCGACUUCGACGAGUCCGGCAUGCCUUGGCGCCAGGAAGUCAUGGCCUCCAUCAAUCUUGGCAAACGGGAUGUAGCAGAUGAGAACGAAGCUGAAGACAGCACGAACACCACGCUAGUACACAUGUUGCAUCCUCGAAAGUCUGGAGAAGCCAGCAAAUUGGUUAAGCACGUCAGAAUCUGCUCUGACCUCUUGGGAACCCAGGGUAUGAUUGGACUCGGAUCCCCUUAUUGGUAUCCGGCGUUCCCUAAGAAUCCUAAAUGGCCUUGGGACGGGAUCGAAGGCGGGAAGUGGGAUUCCGUUUCGCGAUACUGGGGAAAUUCCUCUUUUGUAUGCGACAAUUGGGGAAUCACUUCUCUGCCGAAAGCCGAUACUAUCUGGGUUGAUGUCAAGGGUGUGAAGCAACAAUUCCGAGCUGGUUACCAGACUGAGCAUGUAUUCGAGGGACAAAUCAUAGGAAGAUUCUUUUCUGAAUGGCUUGAUAAAGGCUUCUUUAACAAACAGGAACCUAUGCCAGCAAAUCCCACACCAAAGGCACCAUGUUCUUGGACUGACCAAUGGAUUAUGACCCCUAAGGCGAACCCGAAGUGGGAGCUCAUAAUUAAGGGGGCGCCUAAUACUCCGGUAUCGUUUGCGCGAAUUCUUCUAUCAGAGCUAGGCAGUGAAGCACAUCUUGACCGAUUGACACUUUUACAAUCUAGGUUGAAUCGUAAGAAAGGAAACUUCUUCACCAGCAGCGAACCAACUGCUCCCAAAGCAUAUUCGAACAUGAAUGGAGAUGAUCAACUUCAAGAGGUCAAAGAACUAGGAUUGGUGUUUAACUACAUGAACAACAAAGAAGUAUGGGCGAAGUUCUGCGUCGUUUAUGAAGCCAUCUAUGACCACAUGGGCGAAUUCGACACUUGGUACGCGGCACAAACAAAUACCGGCGGCGUCACGGCUCCCAAUCUGCAAAAAGAAUGGAAAGAGUUCAAUCGCGAAUUACUCGACAGUAUAGUCCGAAGGUCAAGAAACUACUGGAUCAACUACGGACAGAUCAAGUUCUCCAACACCUGCAACAACAUGGACGCGUCAAAAGCUUAA